GGUAGCCUUCACAUAGCCUAGCUUUAUAUUUGUUCUGUAUAAAGUGUUAUUAAGUAUAUGAAUUUUUAAUAUACCUGUCUUUUGUUACCUGUACACAAUGUUCUCGUUCCACUUGCGACCUCUAAUGACGUAUCAUAUUAUAGGCUGACUCUAAGUUAUCGUAAGUAGGUGGUAUAUUUACUUGGCUAUACAGGAAUAUAUAUCAAAGUUUGUGAUAUUUAAAUUAGUUUGGAUAUUUAAAGUGAAAGUUGAAGACUUUCCUAAACAUUGUGGAUAUCUCGAAGAUACGGACUACCCCAACAUGAAUUUACAGGAACCGGUCGACAUGCUAUCUUUGCGGGAGAAGGCGGAACACAGAGCCCUGUCAGGAUUUGCAAAAGACCGAAAAGAUAACAGUGAUUAUGUAACACAGCAUUUGAAACCGGAAUCUCAACCAGACUUUCAGAGAUCCCUCACACUUCCACAAUUGGUCCAGAGUUCCUCCCCCUCCCCACGAUCCACACGGAGGGAGAAUCCCCCAGAGUUCCCACAUCCGCUAAGAAGCCCGGCGAGACGGAGAAAGCCUUUUGAAUCUAAAGUAAAGCUUCCAACCUUCAGGGCCUUAAACAGAACAUUUGAUCCCAUUCCACAGUUCAUAGAACCGAAUAAAAAACGGAACUAUGCUACCAAAAGUAUGGAUUUCUGGGAGAAACAAGUGACGAAGGUUGUUCCAGAUCGUAUGAAGUUUGCCAUUUCGAACGACUACCAAGCGCCUCCUGCUGUCUGGGAUGACCGCGACCCUUACACAUUCUCAUCAAAAUCCUGUUUUUAUGACAACAAAAAGUACGUCCCUCACCGUGACUUCAAAAUUAACCCAGAAUGGAUCUCCGAGAGUAUGCACGUUUCGGACUAUUCUCCGGCGUACCGGACAUGCCCGCUCCGCUAUGGAUGGUGUUGUUGACGAAAUAGGCUCAAUAUUAAGUUCUAAGACACAUUUAAUACCGACACAUGUGUACAUGUGACUACAGAUAGAAAGUAGGCGGACACACACACACCGUUUUCAUGCUAUGCACUUCUAAUUUUUCAUAUAGCUUAACGCUUGGCCUGUCAAAAUCACAUUGUUUUAUGUAAAUGAUUACGAUAUCAAAAUGUGUUGCUCUGUUUCAGGAAAAGUCUGCGUAUUCUGUAAAACAAAGGCUUUUGUUAUCACAGUUAUGUUAUUACCAAUAAAACUAUUAUUCUAAAUAU